AUGGUGAGCAUCCUGGAGCGGUGGCGCGCACAGUGGGACGCCAUGCCUGACGAGAUGAUCGCUGGCAUCCAGCAUAUCGUGCGGGUCUUGGUCGCUUCGUCACCCCUGCAGAAUGCAGACCCUGAUGUAGUCGAGCUCCCCUUCCACGAGAAAAAGUUUCUGUUCCGCAUGUUGGUCGAGGAUUUGUGGGUCAAAGCCCGAGCAGAACGUCGGCGCACACCGCUGUUCAGCAAGCCCCCGAAAUACUCCACGUUCAUCCGCGCCUUGCAGCUCCCAGUGUUUGCGAAGCUUCGCUUUCACCGCAUGGUGUCCCUGGGCCGUUGUACCAAAUGUGCUUUCUUCCGUUGGAAAUGCAUGUCCGUAUCCUCCGAGGACGAGCGCAGAGCAUGGCAGAAGGUCGCAGCGGCCCACCACCUCUUACAACUGGACCAGAAGCGGAUUUAUUGGGCGGACAGGGCUGUCGCAGCCAGCGACUACCCGAAAUCAGAACUUUACCUCGCUUUCGACGGGGGUUCAGGAUAUGAGUUUUGGCUACCGCAUCUAUCUGGGGCGGCCGCGGAGGUCCCAGUCAAGGCGGCAGACAACGUGCAUUGCCCGCAAUUCAAAGUGAUGAACGGCCUGGUGCACGGGGACACUAGGUCUCACAUCAUCUUGAGCCCGUGGUGCGUGGUGGCGGGGUCUAACCAUGUCUGCGAAUGCAUUGCCAUCGCCGUGAACACCGCCUACGAGGAGCACGGCAAUCUGCCACGCAAGUUGUCCGUGCAGAUGGACAACGCUUCUGUGAACCACAGCAUGUGCGUGUUGGGCUUUUUGGCAAUUUACGCGUUGGUCGACGUGUUCGACGUCGUGCGGCUGCGCUUCGAGUUGCCCGACCACGCGCACGACGUGUACGACGCCUUCCAUUCCAUCCACAGGACCGCGGUGGCAAAGGAGACCUUUUUCCAUCUGGAGGAGCUGAUCGACAUCAUGAAGGCAUCUCACAAAGCAAGCUUGCUGCACCGCGAGUCCUCAGAGUCCUCGGGUUCGUCAGGGUGGCAGAGCCAGGGCGGGCACAGACCUGUUAUGGGACCGGACGUAUUGGUCACAAACCUUUGGGAAAUCCGUGAUAUUUGGGAGUGGUUGUUUCCAGGGCACUCGACCAAAUCAGCUGAGUCGACCGCGAGGGGAGGGGUGAUGUACUACGAGAACAUCGGCGGCAUCCACGAUUUCGAGCUGCGGAGGGUUCCGAAACGAGAUGGCAUCGUCGUCGAACUAUGGGCCAAACAGUAUAUGAGUUCCCCAGCUUAUACGUUUAUCGGGGAUAUAACUAAUUGGUCGUUGUAUAAAGCGGUAGUAAAAGGUUUGCCACAACGAGCGGGCGAGUCGACCACCGAGGCCAAGACGAAAGCAGGAGACGGGCAACUGAAGAAAUUACAAAAGUUGACCCGGUCGGGCAACGAGCAAUUUGCGGAGCCGCGGCUCGCGGACGCCGUGGCCGUCGCAAAAAAGAAUUGGGCUCAUUUCGAUUCCUCUUCGGGCUACGCGUCGGAGGCGGGCCCGCGACGGUGGAUGCCGCCCCAGCUAGCUUUACACAUGCAUCGGAUGGGCCUCCGCGGUCGCAAGUGCGCGAGGGAGAGCGCCGCCAUAUCCCCCGAAGCUUCGGCGGCGUUGCAGGCUACUGGCGACGCCCCGGUCCCCCGGCAGCGCUGGCACGCUCUGCAACAGACGUGCGGCAUCAGGCGCAGCGAGGGCACUCCCAUAGCGGCGCUUCCUCGCAGCUGCCCACCAAGCACUGUAGACGAAUUUGUGCGAAGGCCCGUGAUCGCGGGAGUGCACGUCCUCACGGAUCCAGCACCGAACAGCCCGCUUGGGCGCACCAGGCAGCGCCUUGUAGGAUUGCCUGUGUGGGUCUGGCGUGUUUUGCGCAUCAUCGAAGUAGGCGGCAGGCUGCCGCCCAAUUCGAAGCACGUGGCCGAGGCCACGGGCCGCACGUUCGAGGCCCAACUUCUGGUGCCCCGCGGCCCGCUUUGGAGCGGCCCGCUGAAGCCGGCUUGGAGGCGCGGCGAG